AUGAGUGGUGGGGAAUCCAUUGAUCCUUCGACCGUUCCAGUCCAUUCAUGUAUACGAAAUCUGCUGAUCAGGGGCCUCGAUGUUCCAUUGCUCUCGAAAUCCAUCGUCAACCAGGAGCAGUCUCGGGUUUGCGACCCAGUAGAAAUACAAGGCUCUCGAUGUGAUUCUGAUCAUGCUCCUAGAGCACUUGAGGACGAGCUUGCCCCAAUCUGGACCAUGGUUGUUGUUUGCGAUAGGCCUCCUAACUAUGGAUGCUGUAACAGUACACCUCUCAUCGGGCUCCAAGGCGGAACUCGCUGCCUGGUACUCCUACACAGCCCUGAUUUGGCAAGCCUCUGUAAGGAAUUCGGACAUCCCAGAAUGUACCUUCCUACUCACAUCCCAUCGGUCCAGGCUUUUCAUCCCAAUCCCAUUACUCUGGAAAGUAAAAACAUCGUUCUCGAGGUAAUACACAAUCCUUUGUACAUGCAAGGAUCACCCAAGAGAAGACGCCUUCUAACUGAUCUGAUCGUGAAUAGAAAACUCGUCAUCGCCAUAUUUCUCAGCUCCGGCAUCUUCGUCAUCAGCGCGUCGCUUAUUCGAACCGCUCUCACAUUAAAAGCAGAACCGUCUAGCAUCACCGUGAACCGAUGGGGAAUCCGCGAAACCUUUGUCGGUGUCGCCACAGUUAACCUUCCCAUUCUGCGCCCGCUGUUUACCAAGAGAUUUUGGAAGUCGAAUUACGUGGAGGAUGGCUCCAGCGGUCAUCCAUACGGAUACCAUGGAGGAUCGGAAUCGUACAACUUGACGACACGGACAAAGAAGAGCACACGGCGGGAGAGUAUGAAGGCGAUUAAUGAGUCUAGUCAGGAUGGAAGUUACGACGUCUAUAUCAGUACGAGCUAUAACGUGAAGGUCGAACAAAAGGAUACGCGCGAAGGCGUAUCAUCCGACAGCCAUCAAUUCGGACUUCAUCCCAGUAGUGUCUGGGAGAUUGAUAAAAAGUCGAUAGUCUAA